CCAAAGAAAGAAAAGUCUUGGUGAGGAAAGACAACAAACAUCAACAAUGGCCGGAAAUCAAGUGAUCUUCUCGGAUUUUCUCAUGUCUUUCAUCUGUGUAUGGUCAAGAACUCUCAGCAGCCUGUUUGUAAACAAUUUUCUAGGGUUUAAGUCGGAUCCCAGAGGAGAAAUAAUCAAGGGCAUUCUAUACGUGUUGAGGUUGUUCUUUUAUGGAUGGUUGAGUAAGAUAUUGAGAGGUGCGUCUUAUAAUCCUCUCACAGUGUUGUCUCAGGCCAUUUCUGGGAAGCACAGUAGGCUCUUUUUCACUCUUGGUGCAAGAAUUCCUGCUCAGGUAAUGGGAGCUAUUAUUGCAACAAAUCUUAUCCUUCGGAUUUUUCCUCAUAUAGGCUAUGAACCACUCCUGAAGGUUGACAUGAUCCGAGGUGUAUUAAUUGAAGGAGUUCUGGCAUUCGCAGUUAUAGUAAUUAGACUUGAAGCUACUCAGAACCACCCUAACAAUUUCUUUCUAAGAACAUGGAUAUAUAGCAUCUGCAGGCUAGCUCUUCACAUACUUGGUUCUGGUCUGACUGGUGGAUGCAUGAACCCUAUUUCUGCUAUAGGAAGGGCUUAUACUCGAGGAGAUCAUAUAACUAAGGAGCUUAUAUUUGUUUAUUGGUUAGCCCCAUUUGAAGCAACUGUUGUAGGGGUGUGGACAUUCAGGUUGUUUAUUCAGAUCAAGGAAAAGAAAGAGGACAAACUAGAUAGAAAAAUUAAAUCAGAAUAAGGAGAGUCAUUUUCUUGCAUUGGAAUUUCAUUUGUGCCUAACUCAUUUAUAGGAGUCCAAAUCUGUUGUAGCCCUACUUGUAGUCCCUUUAAUUGUUGGAGCUCUAAGAACUGAAAUUUGUUGUGUCAA